UGCUUGUCGAUACCUCUGCUUGCGCGAGGCGGCGGAGGGAGAAGGAGGGUCGAGUGGAGGCGCGAAGAAGAUGUCGUACUUGUUGCCGCAUCUGCACUCGGGGUGGGCGGUGGAUCAGGCGAUCCUGGCCGAGGAGGAGCGCCUCGUCGUCAUCCGGUUUGGCCACGAUUGGGACGAGACCUGCAUGCAGAUGGAUGAAGUGCUGGCUUCAGUUGCAGAGACCAUAAAGAACUUUGCAGUGAUUUACUUGGUUGAUAUCACCGAGGUGCCUGACUUCAAUACUAUGUACGAGCUGUAUGAUCCUUCAACCGUGAUGUUCUUCUUCAGGAACAAGCAUAUCAUGAUUGACCUCGGGACGGGUAACAAUAACAAAAUAAAUUGGGCGCUCAAGGACAAGCAAGAAUUUAUUGACAUUGUGGAGACUGUUUAUAGGGGAGCCAGGAAAGGUCGUGGGCUGGUGAUUGCUCCCAAAGAUUACUCCACCAAGUACCGCUAUUAAACCUAUUGAUCUGUGUGACAGAUUGUGACAUCGCCUCUGAAGGUUGGCUAUAUUGUGUUCAAGUUGCUCCUGUACUAGAAAUCUUUGAUGUUUGAGAUUUUACUGCUGGUCUACCAAAACUUGGUUUGUGUAUUCUACUCUGCGUGACAUUCCGAUGAGCAGCAGAUGCAUUUAAAGGGUUUCCUACUUGCCUUUC